ACUGGGUGGAAGGAGGGGGCUUUGGUACACACGUGUGGUGUGGUUUGUUUUCAGCCAAGGCGGGAAUGAAAUGCUACAAGAACUGUGUCUGGUUUUUCUUCCUAUUCUUAUGAUUCAGCCCGAGACUGUGGCACUGGAUUUUCUCGGUCUGAUUUUCACGCUAGCUGUCAUAUUGUCCUUCACCGAUGUCGAGCAAUGGAGAAGCACCCAUCUGUAAUUGCUGAUGACCUUCUCCUCUGCACACCGAAGCGUUUUUCUUGGAAGCUGCGAUGCGGGAGCGUUCAUAAUUUUAUCGUCAGCUGAAUUGACAUUUAUUUAACAAGACGUGGUAGUGCCACAGUUCUUUCUACCGAUAUAAUCUUUUAAAAUACUAAAAGACGGAGGCAGAUGCCCCUCGUUCUGUCACCCCGGCUUUACUAUGGUGGAAUUUCCAUCCCUCAGUCCUUAUUGGCCUCUCAUCCGCUUUCUGGUACCACUGGCGAUUACCAAUAUAGCUAUCGACCUCGGUGAACAGGCUCUGAACCGAGGUUUAGCAGGAUUUAAAGAAGAUGCUAUUGAGAUGUUGGCCAGCUAUGGGCUUGCCUAUUCGCUAAUGAAGUUCUUCACCGGACCCAUGAGCGACUUCAAGAAUGUGGGGCUGGUGUUUGUCAAUAGCAAGAAGGACCGGGGCAAGGCAAUUCUGUGCAUGGCGGUAGCUGGCACACUAGCAUUCGUCCUUCAUGUUCUCAUAGCCCACACAGACCUGGGAUACUACAUCAUCAAUAAGCUCCACAAUGUGGAUGAUUCUGUGGGCAACAAGACCAGGAGGGCUUUCCUUUACCUGGCUGCUUUUCCACUGCUGGAUGCCAUGGCUUGGAUCCAUGCUGGAAUCCUCCUGAAGCACAAAUACAGUGUCAUCGUAGGCUCCGCCUCCAUCUCUGAUGUCAUGACUCAGAUUGUGUUUGUGUCCAUCCUGCUGCACAGUAACCUGCCAUGCGUGGAGCCCCUCCUGAUCCCCAUCCUGUCCCUGUACAUGGGAGCCCUGGUCCGCUUCACCAUUGUGGGCCUGGGCUACUACCACCACAUUCACGACAUCAUCCCGGACUCCAGUGGACUCGACCUGGGGGGUGACGCCACCAUCAGGAAGAUGUUGAGCUUCUGGUGGCCUCUGGCCCUUAUCCUGGCUACCCAGCGGAUCAGCAGGCCCAUCGUCAACCUUUUCGUUUCCCGUGACCUCAAGGGGAGCAGCGCAGCAACUGAGGCCGUGGCGGUCCUCACGGCCACCUACCCUGUGGGUCACAUGCCGUACGGCUGGCUGACUGAACUGAGGGCCGUCUAUCCCGCCUUCGACAAGACUAAUCCCAGCAAUAAGCUCACCUCUGGCGUACCAGUUACAAAGACUCAUAUCAAGAAGUUUACAGCCUGUUGUUUGGCGCUAUCUCUCCUGCUCUGCUUCAUGGUGUUCUGGACCCCUCAUAUCUCGGAGAAGAUCCUGGUGGAUGGGAUCGGCGUGGACUUGGCCUUUGCUGAGCUUUGUGUGGCUCCCCUGAUGAUUUUCUCCUUCUUUCCUCUGCCUGUGACCAUCCGGGCCCACCUGACUGGUUGGCUGAUGACCCUGAAGAAGACCUCUGUGCUGGCCCCCAGCUCCGUGCUCCGCAUUGUUGUCCUCAUCACUAGCUUGGUCGUGCUGCCUUAUAUGGGUGUCCAUGGGGCCAGUCUGGGGGUCGGGUCCCUAUUGGCAGGAUUCAUGGGGGAGUCGACCAUGGUGGCCAUCGCUGCCUGCUACGUCUACCGAAAGCAGAAAAACAAUGAGAUUGCUGGCAAACUGGUGUUGGACGGAGAGAACUCUGGUCCCACAAGUGAGGUGCAAUCCAGGACUCCGAUGGACGCCAUCGAAGAGCUCCGUGAGGAUGAGGAGGAACAAGAAUAGAGGCACUUGGUGGAAGAAAAUGGAGCUGAGCUUCACAAAGGGGUGAAAAAAGGGAAUUCCAGUGAAAGACAACGACGGGCGGGCCCUAAUACUGGACCUGAGAGAAUUACUUAUGGAACACAGAGCGCUUAACACUAGAACCGCCAUAGGCCAAUGCCCACUGCCGCUAGAUUUUGUAUUUAAAAAUAAAUGUUCCAUUUUGAAAACAAUUUCCUCUUUCCCUGAAUUUUCCUAAGUUUUCUAUUUUGCAUGGCACAUAAGCCUUGGAUAUCAAAAACAUGCGUUUGGGAUUGACAGUACAAUUCCAUGGUAGUGACCCUACACGAUUAAGUAUUUUCAUCGCUUCAUUUUAGUGAACCACACGACUGAGGCUUGGCUCCAAAUGGUGGUGGAAGGUGCUACGUGUUUGGGAAAAUGUAAAUGGGUUGUUUGCCUGUCCUAUAAAAUGAGUGGACCGCUGUAUAGUAUGUUGAUCCUAUUGAUCUAAUUGAAUCAAGCAACUCUUUCGGUUUACUCAAUCACUUCUCUAAUGUUUCCGUCUGAUAAUUUAGAUUGACCUCUUCGUUGCCUAUAACACCCACCAUAUCAGUACAAAUAGAUGGCAAGCUAAUGACGUGUGUGAUGUCCAACAAGCGGAGUGAAAGAAUGGAAAUCUGACUGCAUUCUUACUGAGUCACCACCAACUUGCCUGCCCCCUGCAUGUUUUGAGCACACAGACAUCACACAGCCCACAUGCUUUGUUCUGGUCUAGAAAUAUAAAUGGACACUUAUUUUGCCCACGUAAUGCUUUAGUUUUGAAGUAUCAUCCCAUUUGACAAUCAACUGUCAAUUUGCACAGCAUGCAGACAUGCCUUGGGUCAGAGCAAGCAUUGUGCAAAUUGGUUCUUUGUCGUCUGGGCUCGAUGGGUUAAUGUCAGAUAGGGUGGCUCCUUGCGGUAGGUUGGGUCCCUGCAGGCUCAAUUCGACUUGUUGGCUGGAGACUGCGCACUCUUCUUGCGUGUAUGUGCAAUACUUCGUGGAGCAAAACAGCUAAGUUGUAUGUGCUUUGGCGGACAGGUGAAGAUCUUUUAGCUCUUCCGGACCUGUUGUGGAAGGAGACAAUGCAAUGAUUGUGAAAGGGCCAUAGCAUAUUUUUUUGCUGUCAUUUUGGAGGAUAUGAUGAGUACUAGUGUUGCCACAUCUCUAGUGACACAUCAUAUCUCAGUCACUAGCUGUACAUCUCUAAUGACACUGUCUCUAGUUGUACGUCUGUGAUGACACUCAGUCUCAAGCUGGUAUUUGCUAUCUGAGCAUUAGUAGGUUCCUUGACUAUGAAACAUUUUGCCAAUAUGAGUAGCAAUUUGCUAUGUUGAGGAACACGAUAUAGGCAGGCCAUGCACUGUAGUGUUUCUUCAUGUGAAUACCUGAAUAGUAACCCACCAUUGAAACUCCCUUUAUAAAGACCGUUUUCUGAACUCUGUUGUGUUGACUCGUCCUAGACCAAAAUUUGUGGCUCAAAGGAAAUGUGCGUUUUAUUUCUUCAGAGGAUUGUGACAUCCUCCUGUUUUAGUGACUGACCGCUACAUGCAUACACUGUUCUGUUGUGGAGGUAUGCCCACAUGAUUUCAACACACAACAGCUGCUUUCUAACAUACUAAACUACCAAAAAUCUGUAAACACUGGAUGGUUCCAUUAAGGUCUUCCAAUCCUCUGGACAAUUGAAGAGACAUUGCGGAAGAUUUGCCUGUUCUUACGGCAGCGUCAGUCACUGGCGUAGCGCGGUGAUGCCGGGGGGCAAGCUUUAUUUACAGGACCCCCCAACCUAUGCCCCCCACCCCCCGGAACUAAAAAUGUAGUAUAUACACAUCUAAAGCCGAUCCAGGCGUAGAUUAUACUCUCAGCUGAUGUCUGUGUAAACCACAGGAAAAACAUAAAAUUAAAAUACAUAUUAGAGGCCAAGCACGUGCCCACCACAUGCACUGAUGCAGUCACACCCCGCAUAGCUACACCAGUGGUGUCCCUCAGUGUUUUUAACAUGUCAAAAUACAGUUUGGGUCAAUGUAUCGGCUGUACAAUGGACUAUUUUUACAUUUGAAAAAACCUGGUGGUCUGUAUUAUAUCGCAUAAAUCAUUGCAUAAUGGAGACAUAGUGGAACCCAGACAUUGGUGGGAAUUCAGGUAGUCAAUUGAAUGUCAUAUCAAAUGUUUUCUAAGAAAUUAUACAUGCCAACAUUUUUUAUAAUGCAUAUUUUGUUAAUAUAUUGAUUGAAUAAUGUUUCAAAAUAACUGUAUUGCAUAUCGUUUGUGCAUAAUUUAAUUUAUUAGCAUGAAGUUAGUUACCACCCCAAUGAGAAUGUGUGUACCGCCCCCCUCAAAAACUGUCAUGGCUUGUAGUGCCUAAAGAUGUGCAGCAUUAUUAUUCAGGAAGGAUGACAUCUAGAAUGUUUAACACAAGGAGGAAAUGUUUUGUACCUGAAUAGCACCUACCUGUUGUGGUCAUCACAUCUGGUUCUGGUGUUAACCAAUGCAUAUUUAUUUCUCAGUAGGGGAAAAAUGAAAAGAAAAUGCAUUUAAGAUUGUGUACAUUUUCUGUGAUGUUGUAUUUUGUGAUUGACAAAUACUUUUAUAUUAAAUGGGUAAUCCACCCAAAAAUGA